GGCGUGUAACGGUGGAGGUGACAAUAUAUACGUUAUUUUUAUAUUUACUCAUCUAGACAGAACUUAGCCUUCUUAACAAGAAUCUAACAGCAUGUCGCCAUCUUGGACGAAACUGUUCAACUUCUGCAUCACAGUUUUAAUAACUACGCCACUUGUACGCACUCUUGAUGUACAAACUCUGCCCGAGGUGGAGGGACUACGACUGGGAUCAGCGACUCUAAAAUGUUCCUACGAAGAACCUGAAGAUGACGCCCAGCAUAUCUCAAAAGUAUGGACAAUGAUUUCAGAAGUCACGGGCGAUGUCGAAGCAGUUUUCAGUCAGAUUGACAACAAGAACGGUGAAGCGUUCGGACGCUAUGCUGGGCGGGUGACUCUCACUGGGCCCCAUGCAGACAUCACCAUAUCUCGUCUGGAGCUCGUCGAUUCCGGAAUGUUCCAAUGUGCUAUUGAUUUUUACAUCGCGAGGGAAAGCGGCCAUGGUGAAACAUUAAUGAAAGUAUACACUGUUGUAGAGGAUGUCGACAUUGUAGAUCAUGGUCGUGGUCAAGAAUACAUGGUUAAACCAGGAGUGGAACACGAGUUGCAAUGCAAGGCUCUGAGAGGCCGCCCUGCUGCUAAACUCAACUGGUACUUGGGAGACACAUUUUACGGCCAAGGGGAGGAGACCAUUGUUGAAAACGAGGCCGAAGCUACUUACAACACCUAUAGUUCCUAUUUGGCCACAUUCAGUGAGAACGACAAUGGAAAGAUCAUGAAAUGCCAAUCUAACCAGGAACCGGAAAUUGCGUCACAACACGUCAGUGACUAUGUCACAAUCAACACCAGCGGGUCAGCGGUGCUGGAAGGAAGGACUUGGCACAUUCUCUGCUCAAUACUCAUCAGUUCAAUUUUAUGGAAGUUUCGCUAGUCUGAACAACACGUCAUUUUCUAACAUUUUCUAUAACUUUUUAACGAUCGAAUGAGUAAUAGCUUUUACUGAUAUGCCCGCUUUUGACAGGGUUUAUUUUGUUUUAUGUUCAUGUAUGUAGAAUUUUUUUUUCAUUAUUUUGUUUGACACUUUAGGCUAUUGUUUCGUUAAGUUGCCACUCUAGCGGCGAUAAAAAUACCGGCCAUGAAUAUAGUACAUGUACAUGAAUCAUUUAUUAACACGUGGAAUUUAAUAAAUUUGAUAUUGUAGGUACACGAAUUUGAUCUUCUGAUUAUCCUGUUACCCAUUUCGCAGUUUAGGGAUUGCAAACUAAUACAUGAGCGCGUACACAAAACAUUGUAGAACAUUUUGAUUCAUUUGCAUAACUGACCGUCAAUGAAAAUAGAUUCUCGUUAGUUCAACAUCAUGCGAUUAAAAAUAUAGUUAUGUUUGGAUUCAACACAAUAGUCACUGUUACGAAUGCAAUGGUAAAUUGACUACUAAUUUUGGCCGUUUCACAACUUGGCAAAUCGUCACUAGUCAUGGGUGUAACAAAGUUAGUAGGUGCACAGAAAAAUGGAAUGAAGUCUUAUAUGU